CAAACGGUUGAGAUUAAAGAAAGAAAGAAAGAAGGAAAGAAUUUCUCAUAUUUUAUAAUAUAUUUGUACAAAUAUUUCUUUAUAUUUUAUAUACAGAUUUUUAAAGAGAAUCACACCUGCAUGAGCGACACCAAGAAAUGAGCAGGCUAUAAGUAUAAAGGGAAGAGAGUCUGCAUGUAAUAAUCUACACGUGCAUAUUGCAGGGAGCAGCAUAACGUUUGUUGAGCAAAAGCAAGAAGGCAUAUUGCAUAGUGAGUGACAAAGAAGAUGGAGAAAUAUGAGUUGGUGAAGGAUUUAGGAGCUGGGAAUUUUGGGGUAGCAAGGCUUUUGAGGCACAAAGAGACCAAAGAACUUGUUGCCAUGAAAUACAUUGAAAGAGGUCAUAAGAUAGAUGAGAACGUGGCAAGGGAGAUUAUAAAUCACAGAUCAUUAAGGCACCCCAAUAUAAUUCGGUUCAAGGAGGUGGUUUUGACCCCAACACACUUGGCAAUUGUGAUGGAGUAUGCAGCUGGUGGAGAACUCUUUGAAAGAAUCUGCAAUGCUGGUAGAUUUAGUGAAGAUGAGGCUAGAUAUUUCUUUCAGCAGCUGAUCUCUGGGGUUAAUUACUGUCACAACAUGCAAAUCUGCCAUAGAGAUCUGAAACUGGAAAACACACUGUUAGAUGGAAGUCCGGCACCUCGCUUGAAAAUCUGUGAUUUCGGUUACUCUAAGUCCUCUUUGCUGCAUUCAAGGCCGAAAUCAACGGUAGGAACUCCGGCUUACAUAGCACCGGAAGUUCUCUCUCGGAGAGAGUAUGAUGGCAAGCUGGCAGAUGUUUGGUCAUGUGGAGUUACUCUUUAUGUGAUGCUGGUAGGGGCAUACCCAUUUGAAGACCAAGAUGACCCUAGAAAUUUUAGGAAAACAAUUCAGAGAAUAAUGGCUGUGCAAUACAAAAUCCCUGACUAUGUUCAUGUAUCUCAAGCUUGCAGAAACCUGCUAUCUCGCAUAUUCGUUGCAAACUCUUCCAGGAGAAUUUCACUCUCAGAAAUUAAAAGCCACCCAUGGUUCUUAAAGAACUUGCCAAAGGAACUGACGGAGCCAGCACAAGCCAUCUAUUACCAGAGAGAUAAUCCAAGCUUUUCUCUUCAAAGUGUGGAUGAGAUAAUGAAAAUUGUGGCUGAGGCAAGACAACAGCCUCCAUCAUCAAAGCCUGUCAAAGGUUUCGGUUGGGAAGUUGAAGAAGAUGAAGAGGAAGACAUCGAUGCAGAGGUAGAAGAGGAAGAUGACGAAGAUGAAUAUGACAAGAGGGUCAAGGAGGUUCAUGCAAGUGGAGAGUAUCAAAUCAGUUGAGCCGUAUGGCCUAUGUUUAAUUAUUACAAAAACUCACUAGUCAUAUGAACCUUAGUAGUUCUCUAUUCAUGUGUAUCAUAAUAGGUAGUAACUGUUGCAUAAGCCUUUGAAUUUGUGAACCUGAAACUUUGGAUGUUCCCACUUGUAUCAUUGUUCAUGUAAUGCAUCAUUGAUUUCCCCCUUCGGAUUUCAACUUUAAGAAAUGAUGGAUGGAUUGUAAGGUAGAAAA